CGUCUAUUUGAAUUUUAUACCAAACUCAAUUGGGUUGGAUAGUAAAAUAAUCAUGAGUAUGGGUAAAAUUGUCAUCCCUAGGCACAAGCCACAAUGGAGUUGAUUCGUAUUGAUAAAGAAGAGAUCGAUAUAAGGAUAUUCAAUUUUCUUCUUUUCUAAAUAAUGAUAAAUGUUUUUAAAAAAAAUAAAGAAUGAUAAAUGGUUGUUAAAUAAUUAUGUCGAAUAGUAAAAAAAUUGAAUCCAUGACCACAUCCGCACCAUAUUUGUCCGCUUAUUGUUAACUCAUGAAAGUGUUAACGAAGGGUUAACCAUUAGCUAAUAUUUUGUAUUUCAAAAUAUUGAUUAAUAUUUUGAAAAUUUAAAAAAUUUGACUAAUAAAUUAUGUUAAUAAAAACUUUUUAAUCUCAAUUUUUAGAUUUUGUCAAAACUUAAAACCAAUAAACCAAAUUAAAUUGUGAACAAAUGCAUAAUCAAAAGUUAUACAUAUUGUAACCGGCAUUAAUGUUGUGGGAUAGCAAGUAUCUUCCAUAUAAAGGUUAGGUAAAUAUUAUUUUUUAGUCAAACCUUUUCCCCAUUCCAAAAUAAUAGCCAAACCAUUCGAAAUCUUAAUAAUUAGCCAAUCGUUAACUCUCCGUUAAUAAUUUCGUUAAAUGACGAUGAGCUGGUGAAUAUUGUGCUAAUUUGGAUCAUAGGUGGCUAACUGAAGUGUAGGAAAGAUGGUGGUGAUGAUUAUCCGCAUCUGCGGCACAAGUUUGGCUAUUAUUAUUUCUUUUAUUGUUAGGUAAUAUGUAUUUUUAUCAAAAUAUUUUUGAGAUUCUUUUAUAUUAUCCAAAGCUAUUAAAAUUCUAUUAAUUAGCCAAACCUUUCAUAAUUCAUCAAAAUAUUAACCAUUUUUACGUUAUAGUUAAUAAUUUUGUAACUCUUUCCUUAGUUAUAAUACUAAAAUUUUGGAAUCUUGACCUUCAUGUGUCUCUUUCAAGUCAAUUUCAUGUUGCCAAGUCAACAUUUGGUUGAUUCUUAGUAUUUCGAUAGGUUUGGAUAAUAUAAAAGAAUCUGAAAAUGUUUGGAUAAAAAAUAGACAUUAACCUUUAUUGUUUUUUAUUUAAAUGAAAAAUAAAAAUAUACUGAUGUGGAUGCUGAGGUGGAGUGUUGGUUAACGGUGUUAUUAACGAUUACAUAUGAGUGGUUAAAAUUUUAGAUAAAUAUAAAAGGUUUGGCUUUAUUUUUGUAGUACCAAAAAUUUGACUAUUAUUUUGAAAUGAGAAAAAAAAAUGGGGUCGUUUGGAUGAGGAAUUCUAAUGGAUCAAUCUGACACAAUUGUCUUGUUUUGAGUCAAUUGUGCUAGAUUGAUCCGUUUGGCAACAGGAAAUUUGGAUGAAGCAAUUUGGGCUGGAGAAUUCUAAAUUGACUCAUUUUGAGCCAAUUACAAUUGUCUGGAGUGGGGCAGGUAAUAUGAAUUGACUCAUUUUAAAUGACUCGUUUUGUAAAAUGAAAAAAUUGAUCAAAUUGUCUCGUUUUACAAUUGAUAUAUCCAAACGAUUGGCUAAAAAAUAGUAUUUGCCCUGAAAAGUCGGCUAAAGCUAGGUGCGAAGGCAGGGGGUUUAUAAAUGCAUUGCCAGCGCCUAUCGGUGGCCGGGAGAAAAUUGGCAGAAAAAUAAAAUAAUUACAAAAAUGGCGGCGGCUCUGCCGGACGAGCUAUGGAGGCAAAUCCUGGAAAUUGGAGUCCAAAAGUCCAGCCUUACAUACAAGGACUUAUGUUGCGCCUCAAUUUCCUGCAGUCGCCUCCACCGAUUGUCCAACGAUGAAUCAAUCUGGUCCUGCGUCCUCGCUUCCGAUUUCCCUGUGCUAAAACAGCAGCAAUCUCAAAACCCUAACUUGUCGGCACCUUCCUCAGCCAAAUCCUUAUACAGAAUCAGCUUUGAGAAGGAGAGGGACAGGAAGAUGGCGGCACACAGAAGGGCGGUGCUUCGAAAGGAAAGCCAAGUUUUCGAGCGUAGAAGAAGGUUAAAGGAAAUCGAGAAUCGAUUGUGUCAGGAGAGUGAGAAAUUGAGAGCUGCAGCUAUGGAGUUGUCCUAUUUGCAUAAGGUCAGGCAAGCUUCCGUGGCUCUGAAUGUGUGGCAGCCACAAGCCGUUAGGGGAAGACAGAAGCAAGUAGUGGAGCAGUGUUCUGUUCCUGUUGAAUCUCAGUUCAAUUCUCUUGAAAUGGAAAUCAAGCUUUGCAAGCAGCAGAUUGCUGGGUUGAAGAAGACUCAUAGAGAUGAGCAACUUAGGCUUGAAGCAACAGAAAGGGAGCUGCAAUCAAUGAAGUACCAUCCAUUACAAGAAUGUAACAAUGCUGGUGGUGAAGGAAGUAGAUCUAUCCCCAAGAGGAAGAAACUGAUGAAAUCCAUCGCGUUCCCUCAAUUGCAGCGCGAAACAUCCCGAGAGGACCAUACCUAAAUUCGCUGCCUCAGCUGAUUUUAGGCAAUUGGUCGAUGUUCAGUUGGGAAUCAAAUACCUUAUGUUAUGCUGAAUUUGGCCGCCAUAGCUUAGAAUGCAGAAGUGGCAACUUCCAGAAAUUCACUGAUAAACCAACUCAAGGAAGCUCUGCUGGCUCCGGGAACCGAGACAUUCAGUUGUACGUCUGACGGAGGACUUUAAUGGAUGAAUCACAAGCUCAAUACUUGUACUACACGCAAAGAGGUCCCUGGGUCUAGCAAUGAUGUACCUAAAUAUUUCAGGGUAUGGUGACGCUUAUGUUGUUGAUGAAAUGAAACUACCGUUCGUAUUUGUCAAACUUGUUAUUUGGGGCCAAUUACCACACAAAUACCAUUUAAUAUAGAACUUGUUAUUUGGUAUGUGAUAUUUGGUCUCAAACUUGUUAUUUGGGAAAUACUCCCCCUCUCAAAUAUUUGGCAAACAAAUAUUUGGCAAACAACACUUUUUGUGUUAUUUGGUUUCAAACCUGUUUUUGGGCAAGUACCACAUCAAAAUAACACCUCAUUUUUGUCAGCCAAACAUGUUAUUUGAGGUCAAAUAGCAUUCCAAAUAUUCAAUCCAAAUGACUCCUAAUAUAGUAUGAAAAAUUUCUCCUCACACCUUCUGAUUCUCUUUCCGUAACCGAUUCGAUCUUCCACGUUUGGAGUCCUCCGGGCAAUCGCUACCGUGCGAAAUGGCAGUUUGGUGCUAGAGUGCCUACGUGCUAGGAAGAUUGGAAUCCUCCGGGCGAUCGCUACCGUGUGAAAUGGCAGUUUGGUGCUAGAGUGCGUACGUGCUAGAUGUCCUUAUGAGCGUAUCUUUGGCUGCUUUGGAUGAAGUCCUAUGCUUCCAACUAUCAAACUUUGCUAGAUGUCCUUAUGAGCGUAUCUUUGGCUGCUUUGGAUGAAGUCCUAUGCUUCCAACUACCAAACUUCUGCUGGAAUUUCUUCUCAAUGGAUAGAAAUGCAUCUCUCUUAGACUUGGCUAAGAUGGAAGGUAAACCAAGAUAUGAACUCUACAAUGCUACCAACCCCAAGUUGAGUACCCAUUGAUUGUGCAGCAUCCGGAGGGGUAAUACGAAUGAACAUUACUGCGGAUUUGGCUAGAUUAACUCUUUGUCCACUUAGUCAUUCAUACACUUGCAGAAGAGAUAGCGGAGUUGUACAUGAAGUGGAUGCGGCUUCAAGGAACAAAAAGGAAUCAUCUGCAAAGAAAAGAUGUGCAGUGAACAUCGGGCAUGAUAGCCGAACUUGCACUCCUUCCAAGAAUCCCAUAGAGACUGCCUAACUCAACAACCCAGAGAAGCCUUCUGAGCAUAUAGAGAAUAACAAAGAGGAGAGGGGGACCCCUUGCCGGAGUCCUCUAGAGGGUCGGAAGUACUCUGUUGGGUUACCAUUUAUGACGAUAGAAUAAGAAACCGUAGUAACACAU